AUGGCUGAUCAAAACGAGCCUUCGCCAACAUUUUCUAAUAAAGGCUUUUCGGCAAGCCUGUCCCAAAACAAGGGUUAUGAUGGGGUAGAAGCUCAUCCUAUAUCUCCGAUCAAUCUAGACUCUUAUAUUCACCGAUCCACUCCACUAGGUGCCUCGUUAAGAAGCCAAGUCAUAGUUACCCAGAAGGGCGACGUCACCGGUGCUUCAGAUGAUCGACAAAGACUCUUGGAGCUUCAAAAGACUAGUAAGUCAAUCGAUUUUUCCAGUUACGAUGACUGA